CUUAUGAAAUCCGACUUCAUAAACUCAAUAAUCAAUUUAAGAUAUAGCCAAGUCACUAUCAUGAAGUUUCUCUUCUUUCUCUUUUGUGUAAUAGGCGCUAUAACAUGGGUAAGAGGAGAUGAUGAUGUCUGUAAUUUGCCAAUCAAGAUAAGUCAAUGCAAGAAUCCACCACCAAGUUUUGCAUAUGAUAAAAGUCAAAAUCUAUGCCGUCGAUUCAUAUUGAAUGGUUGCAGUGGCAAUGAAAACAGCUUCAAGUCGAUGAAGGAGUGCAAAGAAAAGUGUGAAAAAUAAUAGCUUUGAUGACAAUCAAUGAGCCAUCAAAAGAUAUAUUCACGUUGAUAAAUACAGACAACAGCUGUUCAACAAUUAUGUAAAUUUUUUCAUCAAAUUGAAAAUAAAGCAAGUUGGUUUCAAA